GAUUGCCAGCUGGGCAUGAAACUCCUAGUUCUGAUGCGGCGGCGUCCUUCAUUUCAAAGAUCUAUGUGAUUUUUGUGAUAUGUCUGAUAAUAAUGUUACGAGACCACCGGCGCGGUCUGGUGGUCUGCCAGCGCGGUCGCAAGCAUCACCUGAAUCCCGGGAGCAAUCCAAGGAGCAGCCACAGCCAGCACACCAGCAACGCCAUCAGCAGCAACCGCAGGAAUGGCCUUCCUUGACAGGCAUGGACCCCUGGCAAGCACCACAGCAGCUGCAGAAGGCGCAACAACAGCAGCAGGCGCAACAACAGCAGCCGGCGCAACUACAGCAGCAGGCGCAACAGCCGGCGCAAGAACAGCAGCCGGCGCAAGAACAGCAGCCGGCGCAAGAACAGCAGCCGGCGCAAGAACAGCAGCCGGCGCAAGAACAGCAGCCGGCGCAACCACAGCAGCCGGCGCGACCACAGCAGCCGGCGCGACCACAGCAGCCGGCGCGACCACAGCAGCCGGCGCGACCACAGCAGCCGGCGCGACCACAGCAGCCGGCGCGACCACAGCAGCCGGCGCAACCACAGCAGCCGGCGCAACCACAGCAGCCGGCGCAACCACAGCAGCAGCCGGGACAUCAGAGCAGUGUUUCACUGAUUGCAUCAGAUUUAGAUAUUCAAAGUCGCAAGGAAAUAUCCCGGCAGUAUUUAGAAUUGUGGAAAGAAAUGGCGAGGGUGGAACGCACUCAGGCGCAACAACAGCAGCAGGCGCAACAACAGCAGCAGGCGCAACAACAGCAGCAGGCGCAACAACAGCAGCAGGCGGAACGACAGCAGCAGGCGGAACGACAGCAGCAGGCGCAACGACAGCAGCAGGCGCAACGACAGCAGCAGGCGGAACGACAGCAGCAGGCGCAACGACAGCAGCAUGCGCAACGACAGCAGCAGCCGGCGCAACGACAGCAGCAGCCGGCGCAACGACAGCAGCAGCCGGCGCAAGAACAGCAGCAGCCGGCACAAGAACAGCAGCAGCCGGCGCAAGAACAGCAGCAGCCGGGACAUCAGAGCAGUGUUUCACUGAAUGCAUCAGAUUUAGAUAUUCAAAGUCGCAAGGAAAUAUCCCGGCAGUAUUUAGAAUUGUGGAAAGAAAUGGCGAGGGUGGAACGCACUCAGGCGCAACAACAGCAGCAGGCGCAACAACAGCAGCAGGCGGAACGACAGCAGCAGGCGGAACGACAGCAGCAGGCGCAACGACAGCAGCAGGCGCAACGACAGCAGCAGGCGCAACGGCAGCCGCAGGCGCAACGGCAGCCGCCGGCGCACGAACAGCAGCAGCCGGCGCACGAACAGCAACAGCCGGCGCAAGAACAGCAGCCGGCGCAAGAACAGCAGUCGGCGCAAGAACAGCAGUCGGCGCAAGAACAGCAGCCGGCGCAAGAACAGCAGCCGGCGCAAGAACAGCAGCCGGCGCAAGAACAGCAGCAGCCGGGACAUCAGAGCAGUGUUUCACUGAUUGCAUCAGAUUUAGAUAUUCAAAGUCGCAAGGAAAUAUCCCGGCAGUAUUUAGAAUUGUGGAGAGAAAUGGCGAGGGUGGAACGCACUCAGGCGCAACAACAGCAGCAGGCGCAACAACAGGAGCAGGCGCAACAACACCAGCAGGCGCAACGACAGCAGCAGGCGGAACGACAGCAGCAGGUGGAACGACAGCAGCAGGCGCAACGACAGCAGCAGGCGCAACGACAGCAGCAGGCGCAACGACAGCAGCAGGCGCAACGACAGCAGCAGGCGCAACGGCAGCCGCCGGCGCACGAACAGCAGCAGCCGGCGCACGAACAGCAGCAGUCGGCGCAAGAACAGCAGUCGGCGCAAGAACAGCAGUCGGCGCAAGAACAGCAGCCGGCGCAAGAACAGCAGCCGGCGCAAGAACAGCAGCCGGCGCAAGAACAGCAGCCGGCGCAAGAACAGCAGCCGGCGAAAGAACAGCAGCCGGCGCAAGAACAGCAGCCAGCGCAAGAACAGCAGCAGCCGGGACAUCAGAGCAGUGUUUCACUGAAUGCAUCAGAUUUAGAUAUUCAAAGUCGCAAGGAAAUAUCCCGGCAGUAUUUAGAAUUGUGGAGAGAAAUGGCGAGGGUGGAACGCACUCAGCAACAGCAGCAGCAACAAGAGCAGCAGCCGCAACAACAGCAGCAGCUGCACCCACCGGCAGCAAUUGGCAGCAGUCUAUACCAGUCACAGUAUGGUAACACACCAACGGCAUCCUCCCUCAGUGGACAGAGUGGCAGAGCCGUAUACGCUGAUACGAGCUCUCCGUACUAUCGUCCUGGCAACAGACCUGGGCAACAUGGUCACACAUCUUACUCUGGAUCUUCGGUGAAUGCGAUGCCGGGACAUCAGAGCAGUGUUUCACUGAAUGCAUCAGAUUUAGAAAUUCAACGUAUCAAGGAACAAUUCCGGCCGUAUGAAACAUUUUCGCAUGGAAUGUUGAGGGAGCGACGCACCCAGACAUAUGGAACCAACGCAUUCUCGACGGCAAUGAUGCAGCAACAGCAGCAUCAGCCGCAACAACAUCAGCAGCCACAACAACAUCAGCAGCCGCAACAACAGCAGCAGCCGCACAAACGUCACUUCCCACCGGCAGCAAUUGGCAGCAGUCUAUACCAGUCACAGUUUGGUAACACGCCAACGGCAUCUUCCCUCAGUGGCCCGAGUGGCACAGCUGUUUACGCAUAUACGAGCUCUCCGUACUAUUGCCCUGGAAACAGACGUAUGCAGCAGGGUCACACAUCUUACUCUGGAUCUUCGGUGAAGGCAUUGCAGGAACAUCAGAGCAGUAAAGCUUCAGCUGCUAGUGCCGCCGCUGAUACUGCCGCUCGAAGUUGCUGCGUUGCUCACUGCAACCUCUGCAAUAGUUGUUUCCAAUCCUUCAAGGCAAACUGCAUGCAUUCCUGCAACAACAAGUAGAGAAUGAGGUGAAAACAAAGGAUCUGGGGCUGAGCUUGUGAAGCGGCGUAAGGAAGAGAAGGCCAAGAACUGGGGAUUUAGCUCUGCCGCUGUUGGGUCUGAUCUAGGAUUUAGAUCUGCCGCUGUUGGGUCUGAUCAGGGUAUUAGCUCAGCCUCCCGCGGAGUUGAUCAGGGAAUUGGCUCUACCUCUGGCGGAAAUGAUCAUUUCGAGGACGCCCACGACGAUGACAGUUUGUCCAGUGUUUUGUCCAGUGUGUGUGUGCUCCAGCGAUACUUGCUCCCAAAGCUGGAAUCUUCCUAUUGCUGGUGCGACAAUCAAGAAAUGUGCCAUGUAAAUAUUUCGUCAUAUUUCACUCCUCAUGCUAGGGCUAUAUGGACUGUUUGUAUUUGACUCCUUUUUAGGGAUCAAAAGACAUGUUUUGGGUUGUCUUGGCAACAAUCUAGUAUUGACUUUUGUUAAAAAAAAGUAAAGUUCUCACUUCCGAGUUACCACCGGCUAUGCAAUUCAAUUGUAUUGAGAAACACAACCAGCUUAGGAAGUUUUGCGUGUGCUACGCCCCAGUGACCGGCAAGGGGGCAAACCUCGCUGCCUUCGUACUAAUCAAUAUUAUAAUAAUUAUUAUAGGCUUUUCCGCGUUGGCAUGGCCGAAGCAAGCUUGCAAUGGCUAGCCUUCACAUAGAUCUACGCUGCUCCAUCAUGACGUGACGAAGCAAUGAAUGCUCGUAUAAUUAUUCUACGAUCUAGGACAGAACCAAACCAAGUCAAAAAUAAGAAAAUAUAAAGCCA